AUAAACGCAAAAGAAUGCAAAUAUGUAGGUGUUGUGGUUUUAAUUGUACUACUACGACCUAAUUAAUAAAUCCGUAUUAUUUUAUUUAUUAAUCUCAUAAAAUUCAUUCUAUAAUUUUCAAUUACAACUGUUUUAUCCGUUUGUUAUAAAAAAUUUUGACAAAAUGAAGUAUUCUUUAUUAUUAGUAGUUUUAUGUGUUUCAUACAUCAAUGCUAGAUCCGUUGAAACAUAUAAUGAAACUGCAAAUAUACUCAACUGCCCCGUCUAUAAAGGUGUUCAGUUGGAACGUAAUAACUGGACACCAGCACCAAUUGGAGAAUGUAUGAAAUGCAAGUGUAUAAAUGACCCUGACGAUGAAAAUCAAGGUUUUGGAUGUUUAACAUGUGCGACGUAUCAGUUAAAUAUUGUUCAUGAUAGGCCUUGUUAUAAAACUAAAAUAGAUAAUAGUUUACAGUAUCCAGAAUGUUGUCCAAAAACGGUGUGUCCUCAAACAAACAACCUUCUUGAUAAUUAACUCAUAUACUUUCUUGUGUUUUAAUAAAAUAAUAGAAACUUUAAUAUGUUUUAUUGAGUGGACAAAAUGAUUUUUCCAUCCAUAUGUGCAGAGUUUUCAGUUAAAUAUUGUCCACGAUAGGCCAUGUUACAAGUCUAAAAUAGAUAACAGUUUGUAGUAUUUGGAAUGUUGUCCAAAAACGAUAUGCCCUCUAAAUAAUAACAAUGUUAAUAAUUAAUGUUCAUUUUUGUGUUUUUGUAAAUAGGAACUUUA